AUUUGGAGGUUUGGUUUGUGAGCAUAUUUGUGAGAUUUGCAUGCAAGAUUUUGGUUAUUUACGAAUACAUCGACCCAUUAAUUAAUACACAAGAAUAAGAUCUAAUCUAGAUUUACUUCACGACUUCAAUCAUUUCUACCAAACGGAAAAUGGAACUGAAUAUUUCUUUCCUAUCCGGCUUGGGAUGCGGUCUUUGUCUAGGCCUGUCCCUGUUUGCCCUUAGGAAAUACCUUGGAAUAUUCUCUAACCCCAGCAAAGCUGUAGAAACAGUUAAAAAGUUCAAAUCCAGAUCAGAAUACAAACUGGUACUAGUGGUCCGAACAGACUUACAGAUGUCCAAAGGCAAAAUAGCAGCUCAAUGUGGCCACGCAUCAGUAGGAGCCUUCGAAAAGGCUCAACGGAAGGACCCAGAAGGCUUAGAACAGUGGCAGAUGACCGGACAAGCCAAGAUAGCCUUAAAAACAGACUCCGUUGAUGAAAUAAAGAAGUUGGCGGAGAAAGCCAAGAAAAUGGGUGUAGUUACUUCAAUGAUCAGAGAUGCGGGGCGAACCCAAAUUGCUCCUAACUCUAUAACUGUCUUAGGAGUGGGACCAGCUCCUAAAGAAGUUAUUGAUGAGAUCACCGGACACUUGAAACUGCUGUGAAAUCAUUUAAAGGUCACUCUUAUGAGGAGAAGAACUGUUCUAGCAGACAUGAUGCUGAGCAUUUAUUUUAAGUAAUGUUAAUAAAUCGUAAUUUGUUGACUGGA